AUGGGGGCGGGGCCUGGUGUGGGCGGGGCGGGGCGGGCGCGCGCCCUGAGGUGGCCCCGCCCACGCCCAGUUAUCGCGAGAGCGGCGCGCGCUGACGCGCGGGCGGGCGGGGCGCGUCGGGGGAGCCGGCGGGCGGGUUUGAAUCUGGUCAGAACGCGGGAAACGGUGGGUCCCGGGGCCGAGCACCGCAGCCUCCGCGUGGGCCGCGAUCUGAGCCCGCGGCCCGGCCGGGGCUCUGAGGUGGCCGGGAAGGCGGGCGCCGGACUUGGAGCUCGCCACACUCCGCGCCUGUUCCCCCGGGACUGA